AGCAUCUUUGUUCUAACUCCGUGUGAAAUUCAUGUAAUGUUAGCCUGACUAGCAAGCUGAUUUCGACUGGUUGGAAAUACUUUUAGAUGAAUAUGUUUGCAUAAAACCAUUCAGACGCCACUCCUAACUCGUGGGGAGGAUGGCUCACCAACAUUCCCCACCUGAGAUGUCCCAGAAGACUGAUCUCCUGGAACCUGAUAAUGAAUCAGACGGGGAUUCUGGUGUUGGGGAAGAUGCAGGAGAAGAUGCUGAUACUUGCAAUCAAUGCAGUGUAGCUGAAGAAGAUAAAGACUUAGAGAUGGAUAGUAUGAAAGAGAGUGAUGGGGAGUAUGAAGACUUCACAGUGUUUGUUGCCUUUCAAGGGAACAUGGAAGAUGAGGACUUCUCUCAAAAACUUGACACUGUCCUUAGUGGGAUACCUAACAUGCUUAAUUUGGACUCUGAGCGGCUGCAGCCACAACAUGUGGAGCCAUGGAACAGUGUCCGUGUUACCUUCAACAUUCCUCGAGAUGCUGCUGAGCGACUCAGACUACUGGCCCAGAACAAUCAGCAGCAGCUCAGAGACCUGGGUAUUCUUUCUGUUCAAAUAGAAGGAGAGGGAGCAAUUAAUGUGGCUGUGGGACCAAAUAGAGCACAAGAAGUCAGAGUGAAUGGACCAAUAGUUGCACCUGGUCAGAUGAGAAUGGAUGGUGGCUUUCCAGGUCAGACUGGUCUAGGAGGGGUAAGGAUGACCAAUCCAUCUAUGGUUCCCCCUGGCCCUGGCAUGGUGGGUCAAGCUAUGUUACCAGGCAGUAGUGGACAAAUGCAUCCUCGUGUUCAAAGGCCACCAUCGCAAACAGAUGUGAUGGAUCCUAUGAUGCCAGUUAUGUCCGUUCAGCAGCAGCAGCAACACCAACUUCAACACCAACAGGUUGCUCCCCAUGGUUCAGGCUCCAUGUCUUCUCAAGCUGCCCAUCACAUGCAGGCUCUGCAGGGAGGGAGACCACUCAACCCAGCUGCACUGCAGCAGCUACAGCAACAGCAUCACCAACAGCAGCAGGUCCAGCAGCAAGUUCAGCUCUCCCAGCUUGGACCCAGACCUCCGUUCAACCCUUCGGGCCAAAUGGCUGCACCUCCUGGCUGGAAUCAGUUACCAUCUGGUGUACUUCAGCCACCAGUGGCUCAGGGAGGUCCUGCAUGGAGAAAACUUCCACCCCAAGGUCAAAUGGUUCAGCGCCCACCUUCUCUAGCUACAGUUCAGACCCCCAAUCAUCCCCCACCCCCAUAUCCAUUUGGCAGCCAGCAGGCAGGACAAUUAUUUAAUGUCAUGGGCCAAGGACAGUUACAGCAGCAACAACAGGCAGGGAUGGGUCAGUUUGCUGCUCCCCAACCUAAAGGCCAACAAGCUGGCCCCAGUGGGGUCACUGGACCACCCAGACCCCCACCGCCUCUUCCAUCAACUUCUGGACCACAGGGCAACCUCACUGCCAAGUCCCCUGGAUCAUCCUCGUCUCCUUUCCAGCAGGGAUCUCCAGGGACGCCUCCCAUGAUGGCUCAGAGACCUACCACUCCACAGGGUUUCCCUCAGGGUGUUGGCUCACCAGGUAGAGCAGCCCUCGGCCAGCAGGGUAACAUGCAGCAAGGAUUCAUGGGAAUGCCCCAGCAUGGACAGCCUGGGGCUCAAGUUCACCCAGGUAUGGCAAAGCGUCCUAUGGGCUUUCCAACUCCGAACUUUGUCCAGGGUCAGGUGAGUGCAAACACCCAAGGAACCUCUGCUGGUGGAGCAACUCAACAGCUACAGAACAACCCAGCAAUGGCUCACACAGGAACCCAGCCAUCAGCCUCUACACCAAAUUCAAUGCAGGGACCACCCCAUGUCCAACCUAAUGUUAUGGCUGCUCAAAGUAGCAUGGCUGGUCCACCUCCUGGUUCAACAGCUGGACCUAGCAUGGGCCAACAGCAGCCUGGCCUCCAGACCCAGAAGAUGGGCCUCCAGCAUCAGGUCCAGCCUGUGUCCUCCUCCCCCAGCCAGAUGGUUCAAGGCCAGGUUGGAGGUCAGACUGUCCUUUCAAGGCCCAUUGGUCAAGGGCAGAGAGGAGGGAUGACCCCACCUAAGCAAAUGAUGCCACAGCAAGGCCAGGGGGUGAUGCAUGGGCAGGGUCAGAUGGUUGGAGGCCAAGGGCACCAUGCCAUGCUUCUGCAGCAGCAACAGCAGCAGCAACAAAACUCGAUGAUUGAACAAAUGGUUGCUAAUCAGAUGCAAGGAAACAAACAGGCAUUUGGAGGCAAGAUUCCACCUGGAGUUAUGCCUGGCCAGAUGAUGCGUGGCCCUUCACCAAAUGUUGCUGGAAAUAUGGCUCCGUUUCAGGGACAAGUCCCACAGCAAAUGACUCCUCAGCAGCAGCAAUUAGUUCAAAUUCAGCAGCAGCAAUUACAACAACAGCAUCAGCUGCAGCAACAGCAAUUACAACAGCAACAGCACCAGCAGAUGAACCCACAACAGCCUCAACAGGUUCCAAUCUCUGGCAAUCCUAAUCAGAGCAUGAGCAUGCAUGGGCAACAAAUGAGACUCCCUGCUGGUCAUCAUCUCAUCCAACAACAACAGUUGCAGCAGCAGCAGCAGUUUCAGCAGCAACAACAGAAACAACAAGCUUUGUUGCAACAGCAGCAACAACAGCAGGCAGCUCAGCAGCACCAACAUAUCAUAGGGGAUCCCAAUAGUGGGGCAGGAGACAUGGGUGUACAGCAAAUGGUUCCUGAUAUGCAGGCGCAGCAGCAGCAAGGCAUGAUUGGAGGCCCUCAGCACAUGCAGAUGGGAAAUGGACACUUUGCAGGUCACGGCAUGAACUUUAACCCACAGUUCCCUGGACAAAUGCCAAUUGGAGGACCUUGUGGACAGCAAGGUGGCUUUCCAGUUAGUAAAGAUGUUACAUUGACUAGUCCACUGCUAGUCAAUCUCCUGCAGAGUGAUAUCUCAGCAAGCCAGUUUGGACCAGGAGGAAAACAAGGAGCCGGUGGGGACAAUCAGGCCAAACCUAAAAAGAAGAAACCUGUGAGAAAGAAGAAGCCCAAAGAUGGUGACGGUCAACAGCAAAUUGAGGGACCUGGUGGUCUUGAAGGGGCUGCUGGCAUGGAAGAUUCUGAAGUGCCAAAUCUGGGUGGAGAACAGGGUUUGAACUCAGAAAACCCAGUCCAGAAACUCCCUGAUUUUGCCAACAGGCCUGCAGGUUUUCCCAGUCAGACAGGGGAGCAAAGAGUACUGCAGCAAGUACCCAUGCAGUUUAUGCAGCAGCAGCAGCAACAGCAACAACAACAACACCACCAACAACAACAACAACAACAACAACAUCAGAUGCAGCACAUGCAACAACAGCAUUUACAGCAACAGCAAAUGCAGCAUCAGCAGCAGAUGCAACAGCAGUUGCAACAGCAACAAAUGCAACAGCAACAUCAAUUACAGCAGCAGCAGCAGCAACAACAGCAGCAGCAGCAGCAGCAACAACAACAACAACAACAACAACAGCAGCAACAGCAGCAACAACAACAGCAACAACAACAACUACAACAACAACAACAAAUACAGCAGCAGCAGAUGAUGCAAGCUCUCCAGAAUGCUCAAGGGCAGCAAGGGAUGACGGGGUCACAAACAUCAGGUCAAGGCCAACAACAAAUGCAUCCUCAUCAGCUGCAGCAGCAAUCUCAGCAGACACACCUGCAACAGCAGCAGCAACAACAGAUGAUGAUGAUGAUUAAGAUGCAACAGGAGCAGGCAAAGAAUCGGAUGCCCAUGCCCCCAGGACAGCUCCCUCCUCGGGGUAUGGCUAAUCCAACAGAGGCGCAGAGACAUCCUGUUUCACAGCAAAGCAACAUGCCUGUAAUGAUUAGCCUUCCAGGACAUGGAAGUGUUCCACCAUCACCUGACAAAGCCAGGGGCAACCCCUUGAUGGUGAACGCACAGCUUGCAGGUGCUGCACGAAGAAUGUCCCAUCCAGAUGUAGGGCAGGGUACCCAGGGCACUGGAUCUGAUGAGGUCCUUACAGGUGCCCUCUCAAAGCAGGAUAGACCUGGUGGCUCAGAUAUCGGGACACAACCAGGAAAUGGGACACAACAGGUUGUGUCUAGCCAGAAUUCCAAUGCUCAUUUGAUGAAGCAAGGCUCUGGUCAAACACAAAUGCCUCAACAUACUGGGGCUAGUCCCCAGCAGCAGUUACCCACUCAGCCUCAACAAGGAGGUCACCUGUCUAGCCUUCAUUUUCCUAAUGCGCCUACCACUUCACAGAGCUCCAGGCCUAAAACCCCCAACAGAGCCAGUCCAAGACCUUAUCAUCAUCCUCUAACUCCAACUAAUCGCCCACCCAGUACUGAGCCCUCAGAAAUUAACCUUUCUCCGGAAAGGCUAAAUGCUUCAAUUGCUGGAUUGUUUCCCCCUAAAAUUAACAUUCCUCUCCCACCAAGACAGCCAAACCUUAACAGAGGAUUUGACCAACAGGGUCUGAACCCAACAACUCUAAAAGCAAUUGGGCAGGCCCCUCCUAGUUUAAAUCUAACAAAUAACAAUGGCAAUGCAGGAGGAAAUAAUGCUAACAGUCAGAUGUCUUCUGGGGCUGGUGUGGGGGGUUUAGGUACUAAACAAGACAAACAACCUGGAGGCCAGAGUAAAAGGGCAAGUCCUAGCAAUAGUCGUAGGUCAAGUCCAGCAUCUAGCCGCAAGUCAGCCACCCCAAGUCCAGGAAGACAAAAGGGGGCAAAAAUUACGAUCAACUGCCCUCCACACCACCAGCAGCUAGGAAACCCUCAAGGGCAAACAAUGAUGCUAAGCCCUUCCUCAGUACCUCAGAGUCCAGUAUCUAUGCCUUCACAACAGAGUGGAGGCAUGGAAGCACAACAGACCCAAAGCCCUAUUCAUGGGCUUCACAGUAACCCAGCUGAUGGUGUCAGGGAAACUCAGGGAAUGCUUACAGUUGAGCGACAAACACCUCAACCUCAGUCCCAAACGUUCAGGGAUUUAUCAACCCCCAGAAUAACAAGUCCUCGUUUGCCAGCACCCCAACAUUCAAAACCUGAUGCGGAAGUGCAGGCAAGCACAGCUGAUAGACAUUCAGCACACAAAGCAUCUAUACAGGACCUUGAGGUUUCACCUGCUCUCAGAUCAGCUCCGACAUCCCUCAACCAGUUAUUAGAUAACACAAGUGUUUCAAACAUGCCACUUAGACCAGCUCAGAGUAAUACUGUUGUAAUAGGAAAAGACAGCCCUAGGUCUGCUUUGGAUCCAGAUAGACCAGUUUCCACAAAUUCCCAGAGUUUCUCAUCUGUUGUUACCACUGUUUCUGAGGUUAAACCUAAACCGACUCCUUGUAUUCCUACUAGUAGUCCUGCCAUGCAGCUUACCUCAGUCCCCAGCUCACAUCUUCCCACUAAUGUAAACUUGAGUACCCCUCUUGGCCUUAACCCAAACUCCAUCACUAGUCUUGUUAAUCCGAAUUCAAGCAUAAAUUCAAUGGCCAAUCUUUGCAGCUCAGUCAGCACUAACACUAAUGCAACCCCAUGUCUUAGCACCGGUACAGUUGCUUCUGGUCAGAACAGUUCUACCUCCGCUGUUAGUACCAGCUCUGUUGCAAACCCAGCCAAUUCAGUUCUUAAACCAAGUCCUAGUCCUAAACCUAUGACAAGUGUUCCCUCAGUCAUACAGAUCCCUGCAUCUUCAACCAACAUUUCCCCUAAUCAAAUCAGAGUGUUGUUUGCACCAAACUCCAUUACUUCUGCCCCCACUACACAGGUGUCUGCAUCUAUGGUAUCUACUAUGAUGGCUGUCCCAAACAAGAACAUUAGACCUCAGGACAUCAGACAGCAGAGUUCCGGUUCACGACCAGCUCAGUUUAUCACAACCACUCCUGUAUUUAUCAACCCAGUUUUUCAGGUCACUGGUUCUUCUGUGUCUCCCAAUACAACAGUGGUAUCACAGUCAGUCACCAUGGUGGGCUCUAUCCAGGUGUCAGCUGCAAACAUCCAACUUUCUCCCGCUCCAACGUCCACACAAUCAUCAGGGGCUACAAUGACUAGUACUCAGCUCACAAAAAGUGCUGUUGGACAGGUUCAUGUAGCCAGUAACCAGUCCUCUUCAGUCCCAGUUGGUACUCUCGUAGCUCCUCAACAAAUUAACCAAGGAAAUAUCAAAACAGAACAUCUGGGGGACACAAGUUCUUCUCAGAAAUCUGCUCUCCCUGUGUGCCAGCCACCUGCCCAUCAAAGUCAAUCAAUAUCUUCUUUUCAGCCACCUCUGGCUUCUCCUCCUCCCUGUUCUAGUCCUGGAGUUGUUAACACAAUCCGAAAGAGCCCUGCUUCUCUAUCUCAAGCUUCCCAUGUGAAAAGUAAGCUUGUAUCAGCACCUUUAUCUGUUUCUGGCUCAGUUGACUCUCAGCAAAGCACUGUAGAAAAGCCAAUACAAGGGCACCAAGGGACAGUCCCUCCACAAGUUUUUAUACCUCCUGCUAGUUCAGCUGUUCAGACUGAAGCACAAGCUCCCCAUACUACUGCUGUUGGAUCAAACAGUACCUUGCCUGCAGUUUCUUCUCAAGUCUCUAGCCAAGUUACUGUUCGUACUCAAAUUGCUGGCCAGGCUCCUGUACUCUCAUCAGCUUCAGUCUCAAGCCAAUCACAGGCAGUAAAUUCUCAAACACCCAUUGUGACUGCCAUUGGUGCAUCUACUGGGGUCUCUUCUGGUGCAUUGCUUACUACAGUCACUCCUGUACAAACUCCUGUACCGUCUGUUGUUCCAAUUGUUGCUGCACCAGGACCUACUGAGGCACCCCACAUCCCAUCCACUUCUACCAUUGUCCCCAGUGUAGGUUCAUCAAGCCAACCUGACCCUCCAUCUGCAGAGCCUUCCAUGCCACCAUCUGCAGCAUCUGCUGAAUCCACUCAAACCACUUUAGCACCUCUUCAACGAGAAGCUUCACAGGAGUCUGGCACCGCUGAGAAGACGAGUGAAGAAUUCUCAACCGGUUCAGAGCAAGGAUGGGCAAAGAAAAGAACGACGCCCAUCACCUUAGUCCCAAGAGCUGCUGUGGAGAAGCCCAAGGGGCCAAGCAGGCGCAGCUCUCGAGCAGAGAAAGACGUCGAGGAGGAGCCAGUAACAGAUAGUGGCAUUAGGAAGAGACCAGCUAGGCCUGGAACAAGUGCUGCAGUAAAAGAAACUGCAGCGAGUCCCACCCAAGCCAAACGAAGGAAAUCUAAAUAGGCACAGCAACAGUUUACCUGUGAAUUGUACUGUAAAUGUUUGUGUUUGGUAGUUUGUCUCCCAAUGUGAAUCAGUUGAUAUUAGCUUCUCUGGUCUGGAUUAUAAAUUUUCACUGGAGGAAGAAACCAUGUACAGAUUGUUUUAAACAAAAUAUGAAGCUAUUGUUUUGUCCAUACGUGUGCUUACAGUUUGUGUGAAUGUGCUUUUUAUAUUA